GGAGUGAAGUCUCGCGAGAAGAGGCGGUUGCCGUAGCGGAGCCCUUUGGCUGUGUGUGACCGACGAGCCGCCGCUGGAGCCGCGGAGGGUUUGCCGAGCCCGUUAGUGCCCCUGUGGAGACUCACGCCGCAGUCAUGUCCCGCUACCUGCGCCCCCCCAACACGUCUCUGUUCGUAAGGAACGUGGCCGAUGAUACCAGGUCUGAAGAUUUACGUCGUGAAUUUGGUCGUUAUGGUCCUAUAGUUGAUGUGUAUGUUCCACUUGAUUUCUACACUCGCCGGCCAAGAGGAUUUGCUUAUGUUCAAUUUGAAGAUGUUCGUGACGCCGAAGAUGCUUUACAUAAUUUGGACAGAAAAUGGAUUUGUGGUCGCCAAAUUGAAAUACAGUUUGCACAGGGGGAUCGGAAGACUCCAAAUCAGAUGAAAGCCAAGGAAGGAAGGAAUGUGUACAGUUCUUCACGCUAUGAUGAUUAUGACAGAUACAGACGUUCUAGAAGCCGAAGUUAUGAAAGAAGGAGAUCAAGAAGUCGGUCCUUUGAUUACAACUAUAGAAGAUCUUAUAGUCCUAGAAACAGUAGACCGACUGGAAGACCACGGCGUAGCAGAAGCCAUUCCGACAAUGAUAGAUUCAAACACCGAAAUCGAUCUUUUUCAAGAUCUAAAUCCAAUUCAAGAUCACGGUCCAAGUCCCAGCCCAAGAAAGAAAUGAAGGCUAAAUCACGUUCUAGACCAAACUGCAGCUGGAAUACCCAGUACAGUUCUGCUUACUACACUUCAAGAAAGAUCUGAGAAAGCGGAAAAAGAACCAAAGAAGGGCAGUUCAAGCGACCAAAGGGUGGGUGGAAGGUGCUGCAGUAUGAAUACUGUGUGAAUAUUUUGACUCUGGUCUGAAAAGAUAAAAGAAUGUUAUUGAAACUACAUGGAAUAAUUGAAGUCCCUUCAAGUAUGAAAGUAAGCAUUUUAGGACAAAUAAAAGGAAAUUCAGCUUUGUACUUGUGGAAACUAAUCCCUAAAUUUGAAUAGGUUUAUAUUGAUUCAUGGAUAACAGGUCCAUAAUAAAUUACUGGAAACUAGGAUGUCUGAAUAUCAAGGAAGACAGCCAUAGUCUCUUUAACAGUGCCUCUUUGGUCUGUCUCAAACUGAAUUGGGUGAGAAAAGGUAUGGUCCAGUAUAAACUUUUUCUUGGUUAUCUCUGAAAGUCCGUUACAUUUUUGCUACUGGCAAAUCUUGCCUUUGUUUAUUCCAGUGCCACUGUUUUCUGCUUAAUGGUUUGCUUUGUUGGUAUCUGAGUUUAUUUACCUGUAUGCCAUGUGCGGUUUACAGUUUCCUUCCACACUCAUUCCCAGGUAAAUUCCAAUUAUGAUACCUGACAUCCAGCUAAGAGGUUCCAUCUCUUCUCACCUCUUUCCUAGUCAGUAUAUUCAGCAAAUAUUUACUGAGCCCUUACUGUGAGCAAAAAUUGUACUGGGUAAUUGGGGGGAAAUAGAUUAAAAAUUCACUUACUCAAUAAAUGUCUACUGAGCACAAUCUAGUGAAUAACAUUACAGUAUUGCCUCAUUGUUUUGUUUGAGGUGUAUUGUUUGUGGCAAUAUUUUACACCAUUCAUAUCCAAUGUAAUUAUAAAACCCAAUAUACUAUCAAAGAUAAGUAAUUUUUGUGGUUACCUGCCAUUUAAAAGUAUCUGGUAUUUAUUUCUGUUUGCAUCCCAUUAAUACAAAUAAUGAAAAAAUGAUGUUUAAUCUGUAAUAAACUGAUUUAUUGUGCAGUGACUGUAAUAUACUAGAAUUAUAUUGUUAACUCUGCUUCCUCAAACACAUUAGGAGAAAAACCCCCUGCAAGUAUUUCAUUUUGCAUUAGAUAUGAAGAACACUGGGUGCUAUAAUUAGAUUAUUUUGAGGCAGACAGAGAGCUGUUAUCCCAACUGAUUUAGUAUGUUCUGUAAUUGAGAAAAUGUUCACCAAGUUAUACUUUUUAGUGAUUGACAUGUACAUUUUAUAGGGGACAUGUUCUGUGUAUAGUGAAUAAAUAACUUUUAUAGUAUCUCAAAAUGUUUUGGAUUCCUUAGUUCCUUAUUAGGAUAUGAAGCUUAUUUGCGUAUAUAUAUAUUGAUUCCAUCACUUAUAUUUUUGUUUUAUUUCUGCCACAUAUUUAAAAUUCAGUUAUUCAUCUAAGAAUAUGGAAGUGUUUAAACUUUUAAUUUGUAAAGACUUUGAAAAUACAGAAUACACAUGAGGGAGGUAUAAAAUAGAGGUUACGUUUACCCUUGUUUUAUUAAUUUCAAACUUGGAAGAUUAUACAGGAAACAAGUGGCAGAUAAUAGAGUUCCAUGAUUUUUCAUUUGGUUCAUCUUUGUCACUGUUUUGCACUACUUUUUAGUUAAUUGGGGAAUUUUUUUCUAACAAUGAAAUUAAUAUAAUGGAGUCUGGAGUUCACUUAGAGGGAAGAUGUAAUAGGUUUUUAAGAAGGCUUAAUUACAAAAGUAUUUUGUUUGUAACUUUUCUGGAUGCAAAGAGAUUAAAUGUAAGCCGAGAUCUCACAAUUGUAACUCAACACUUUCAGGCUGGUACUCCAAAUUUCAGUAUUGUAUUACACUUUGGUCAUUAUUCCCAUUUACGAAAUCCUGAGAUACUUUGAAAUGUGAAAGCUGUGACCUGAGACAGCGGAUUGGUAGCUGAGGAAUAAUCUAAUGGCAUGCUACCAAGAGGUCUGUCAUUAGGAGUCCCAGGAGUAAACUGUUACUGAUGGUAAAUGAAGUACAGUAUAUAAAAGCAACCUAUUUGUCUUCAACUAUUGACAUCUUACAAGACAGCCAGUUGCUUAAGAUUCUUUACCUUGGGUUUUUUAUCCUCUGCCCCCUCCAAUAUUGUUAAUAUUUAGUGUGUUACAUUUUUGUAUUCCUAACAGUUGUUUGAGCCUUAUAUUAAAGAUGGGAUUUUUUUGUUUGGAAUAAAAGCAAGGCAUGUAAAUUCAUUUCAUUGAUAAUUGACAGAGUAGUUUGUUAAGUAAAAGGCCUUUGUGUCUAGUUUUUUUGUAGAUCACAUCUCUUUGAAUGCUGGAGAGCAAAAUAAAAAAAAAAGCUCUAGGAGCCAAAAAUCUUGGGCUUUUUUCUUUAAGGUUUAGCUCUGCCUUACAGACUUGUGACUGGAUAGACAGACUUUCACUUGUUAAGGUUAAAAAACACUGUCCCUCUUGUUUUAUAAAUUGCCUAUGAGAAAGCAAUUAAAUACUAGAAAACCUA